AUGGACGACGAUUCCGCCCGCGACGAGUCUCCGGACCAGAAGCAGACGUCUUUGUCGCCGUCCCAAGCGAACCCUUACGGACCGCCCGGGUCGACGGCGGCAUCAAAUGCUGCGGGCCAAAUGAGUUUUCGGAGGCAACGAGCUUCAAGGGCUUGCGAGGUCCGAUGCGAUGCCGCGAGCCUCGGCGUCCCAUGCACCAACUGCGUGGCCUUCUCCAUCGAGUGCCGCAUCCCGACACCCAAGCGGAAGAAGGUCCCAGGCACCUCUGUCCAGGGAAAAGAUUCCGAUAGCGAGCGAGGAGACAGAGGAGACACCGAAGAACCGUCGCCAAAUCCGCAGAGCGCGACUGCAAGCACGUUCCCCGCCGGCACGAAGCCCCCGGCCGUUUACCACACCCAAGAGGGCACGCCAUCGAAAGCAAACAUUGCCAAUGAGCAACAGAAGAAGGAGGAGCUGGACAAUGCCACGUUUGCCAACUACAUGAGCCUAGUUAUGAAGCCCAAGUUUACGAGGGCCCCCAUUACCGAAGCUGGGAGAGUAGCCUACAUGGGCGAAUCGUCCAACCUUACGCUGCUUGUCCACGACCGCCAGAGCACGUCUGACGUGGUACACUACCCGUUACCCGAAAACGUUCGGGGGUCGAGGGCCCGCUUGACAGAACUAGACAAUGUCGAAAUCGAAAUCCUGCACCAGCGCGGCGCUUUCCUGCUACCGCCACGGUCGCUCUGCGACGAGCUGAUAGAAGCCUACUUCAAGUGGGUUCAUCCAAUCGUUCCGAUAAUCAACCGGACCAAGUUCAUGCGACAGUACAAAGACGCAAAAAACCCGCCGUCACUGCUCUUGUUACAGGCCGUUCUCCUAGCGGGAUCUCGAGUUUGCACAAACCCUCAGCUCAUGGACGCAAAUGGCUCUUCCACGCCAGCAGCCCUAACAUUUUACAAGAGGGCAAAGGCUCUAUACGAUGCGAACUACGAAGACGACAGAGUGACUAUAGUCCAAUCCCUCUCCCUGAUGGGCUGGUACUGGGAAGGCCCUGAGGAUGUCACCAAAAAUGUGUUCUACUGGAGUCGCGUGGCCACCAUCGUGGCGCAUGGUUCCGGGAUGCAUCGGAGUGUAGAGGGGUCUCAGCUUAGCAAAGCCGACAAGAGGCUGUGGAAGCGCAUCUGGUGGUCUCUGUUCACAAGAGACCGGUCUGUGGCUGUUGCGCUGGGACGACCGUGUCACAUCAACCUCGACGACUCGGACGUUGAGAUGUUGACCGAGGAUGACUUUGUCGAGGACGAAGACGACUUAUCCAGUGACUAUCCGCCAGAUCCAACCCAUGUCCAGUUUUUCUUGCAGUAUGUCAAGCUCUGCGAGAUUAUGGGCUUGGUUCUCUCCCAGCAAUACUCGGUGGCGGCAAAGGGGCGGCGGCAGAACGCCAUUGAUCUUACGCAUAGCGAUAUGGCGCUUGCCGACUGGCUCCAGAACUGCCCAAGAUUGGUCUACUGGGAAAUGCCGAGACACCACUUCUUCUCGGCCCUGCUUCACUCCAACUAUUACACAACGCUCUGCCUGUUGCAUCGCGCCCACAUGCCACCGAGCGGCUCUUUGAGGUUUCCUGAAGACUCGGCGUAUCCGUCGAGAAAUAUUGCUUUCCAGGCGGCAGCCAUGAUUACUUCGAUAAUCGAAAACCUGUCUUCGCAUGGAGAGCUGAGAUACUGCCCUGCUUUCGUUGUUUACAGUCUCUUCUCGGCCCUCAUCAUGCACGUGUACCAGAUGAGGUCGCCUGUGCCGUCCAUCCAACAGGUCACCCAGACCCGGAUAAGGACGUGCAUGGGGGCGCUCAAGGACGUGUCAAAGGUAUGGCUGGUGGGGAAAAUGGUGUACACACUCUUCGAGUCCAUCCUCGGAAACAAGAUGCUGGAAGAGAGGCUACAGAAGGCAGGUGGCAAGAGACACCGCAAGGGCCUGCAAAGCCUGGCAAAGCUCGAGCAGCACCAGCAGCACCAGCGCAUGGCAGACCAGAAGCGCAAGUACGACGAGAUGGCGAUUGACUUUAGUGUCAACACGCCUCAGCCGCAGGAGUCAUACGAACGGUCGAGGCCACAGACGCCAAGCCUCGUUUCAAAGACGGACCAGAUACCUACUGUGAUGCCCCCCCCGGCCACAUCGCCGGGAUCGCGCAAUAACACGGACACAUUUAUGGGAGGUACGGCAUCGCGGCCGCAGACGAGGCCGGCAACUCCCUUCAAUCCUUCGUUCUCGGUACCAGCAACUCCUCCAGAUCUGUAUCUUGUGACGAGGAAUUCUCCCAACUUAUCGCAGUCAAUUUGGGAGAACUUCCAGCCGGAUCAGCUGUUUCCUGAGAGCUCCAACGUACCGCUGUAUCAGCAGUUCUCACCGCCCCAGGUGUCGCACCAGGGUCUUGAUCCGAGCAUGGUGGCGCAGAUGCAGUCCCAGAGCCUCCAGGGGCAGCCGGCCGACAGCACAGCUACCCACUUUAGUCAGGGCCCACCUCCUAAGAGGGGCGGCGCUGGCAGCCCGCUACAGAAUCACAAUCCCAUGCUUCAGGCGGGGCUUGGAGGCUUCCAAGGCCCGUCUAGCAAUAACCUGUGGCAGACAAACUUUGACGCGCCAUUGAUGGACGGCCAAAGCCCGAGUGACAGCUGGAGUACGGGCUCUCAGGGGCAGCCUGCUCCGUCGACGCUGAAUGUUGAGGACUGGUUCCAAUUCUUUGGGAUAAACGGCGACGCAAACGCACUGAACCUCGACAUUCCACUUGGGUGA